AUGAUUGAGGAUGGUCAGCGAAAAAAAACCUUACAAAAUGCAAAAAUCGAAGAGGCGGAUUAUUUUAUUGCGACAACCAAUUCAGACGAGGCUAACCUUAUUAGCUGCAGUCUUGUACGCGAACUAGCACCAAGGGUUGUAUGUAUUGCUAGACUCCGCAAUAGUAAGUACUUAGAAUUUAUACAAUCCAUUAAAUCGAGUUUUAACAUUACAGAAGUUGUACAACCCGAAAGAGAAAUAGCGAUUUCCAUAGUACGAAGCAUUGAAUACGGAAGAGGUGUAAGCGACGCCUUCUCUUUUAUCGAUUUUAAUCAUAUACUUAUUCGUUCCUACACUAUUCCCCAAAACUCCCCGCUUAUAGAAAAAAGACUCAGUGAACUUGCGGAUACCAUCGAACUUCCUGCAGAAAUAGCAGAUAACUACCUCGUUGCUAUGAUACAGAGGCACGAUCAAACAUUUCUGCCCACUGGAGAAUAUGUACUACAAGAAGGCGAUGAGUUGUAUAUUAUAGGGAAUCUUACUGACCUUGAUAGAAUAUUUGAAAACCUAGGAUCCAACUCUAAAGAGUCUCGUAGUAUUCGAAAAAUUAUGAUUAUAGGUGGAGGUGUUAUUACAUCUCAAAUUCUCGACAUAUUUAGUUCUCGUACAUAUAGUUUUACUCGACUCAUAGGAAAAAGCCGCAUACCUUCACGCAAUUUUGUUGUUGUAGAGAGCAACGAGAAGAUCUGCGAAGAUUUGUCAGAGCAAUUUCCGGAUGUAACUGUAUUGAAUGCUGAUGUUACAGAAGAUCAUACCUUAGAAGAUAUAGAGAUUUCAUCUGCAGAUCUUGUAAUAGCCGCCACAGAGUCGCAAGAACUCAAUAUAGUAGUGGCUGCACACAGCCAUAAUCUAGGGGUAAAACAGACCCACGCUGUAGUAAAAACCUCUGCAUACUCUGAUAUUGCAAAAGAGCUGGGUAUUGGUGUUUCAUUUAGUUUGCGUGGUGCUGUGGCGAGCUCUAUUAUUAGUUAUCUACGUGGAAAAAGCAUGAUACUAAACACAGCGUAUGGAGAAAUGAGCAUGUUUACACACAAGGUAAGCACCGGAAGCUACGCCUAUGGGAAGCAGAUUAGAGAUUUAGCAAUCCCUAAAAACAGCCUUAUUGUAUGUGUGAAUAGAAAUGACCGUUCUUUUAUUGCCCGAGGGAAUAUAGAAAUACAAGAACAAGACCAGCUGCUUAUUAUGUGCCAAGAAAAUUCAUGGGAAAAGGUAAACGCUUUAUUUAACACAACAAAGCGGUAG